AUGAAGACCCCCGUUAUCUUGGCCUUGUCCCUGACAUUGGGGCUCGUCUACGGCCAAACUGCCCAGCAGCACUACGACCGAAUCUGCACCUUCCCUUCCGACGAAGAAGUUGAAGUGGAGCCGAAACUCUUUGUCACCUACCACUGCGGCAAGUACGCUCCUCCAAACAACCAGUACCAGGCAUAUGCCGCAAGUACCCCCGAGGAUUGCAUCAAGGCCUGUGCCAACAAGGGGAGCGGAUGUCUGGGCAGUGCCUGGACUAGUCUGCCCAGCGCCACAAGCGCCUGUCUCCACGCCAAGCACUCCGCGCUUCCCGCGCUCGUCGAUAAGCAGAGCGUUGUGUUCAUGACUUAUCGGAAAGCAAAAGAUGAUAAUGGGGAUCCUUUCGGUGAAAGCACCCUGGAGCAGUUGCAAAAGUGCAAGGACGAUCUGGCCGCCUCCAAGAAGAACGAGGCGAAAUUGGCAGAAUGCGAAAGCAAAGCUGCCUCUGGCCCUCGGCUACCUCCCUACAAGGAUUGCCCCGCCGGGUCUGACGAGAUUAUCACCAUCGGAAAUAGGCGCUUCAAGCAAAAAUGCAACAUGGCGAUGGCCAAAGCCGCGGCGAACAUCUACCGGACUAUUCUACCGGGACUUACUCACGAAGAGUGCGCUCUACUAUGUGCUCUCGACCCGAAAUGUCAGAGCGCUAUGUCCGUUAGGACUAGCAGCACGGCCGGGGAAUGCCAGUUUUCCAGCCGGAAUAUCGAAUCGUCGCUGUACAGUUCCACACCAGACCGGACUUACGUCCCUGUGUGA